CAGCGAUUGAGUUGACUAAUGAAAUUGAAACUGAAAAAAGUAAAGUUUUUUUUGCUAAAGUUGUGAUGUCCGAUCUGACGUCGGAGCUUUGAUUAAUUGUCGAAUCUGUUUCCUGGUAAAGUCUUGUCAAUCCAUGACUCAAUGCAUCUUCUAGAGCUUCUCAAAUUGCUAGGGCUUUCACCAUUACGGGUGAUCAGACAAAGUUGAUCACAUUGGAGUGCUGGGUUAUCAUAUUUUUCUAUCCCAUCGAGAAGAUCCAACCCAGUCCAGCCACCUUACAAUCGCUUCUGCAAGCUGCAUCCUUUCUGAAUGUAAUGCAGAGCUUAUCUUUAGCUAGACUAACUUGUCCAGUACUCUUGUCUUGCUUGGUCGUAGGGUCAGGAUCUAAUUUGCGUGGAAAGGAAGAGUUUGCUGAACCUUUUAACAUCUCAUUCCGUGGAGUUUGGGAGGAAGAGGCUCCAUUGGGAAUUGUUUUUGAGCCAGGAAGAUCCAAGGAUUUCACCAUCUAUGGGAAGAAGCUGAAUGUUUAG